AUGAUACAAUCUACGAUUAAUUCUAUUCAAAAAGAAUACUUAAUGGAUGAUCAAUCACAAAAAUUUGGAUAUAAUCAAAAAUUUAUCGAUGAAACUAAUCUAUUUGGAAAUAAUUCAAUAGAAUAUAUGGGUCAUGAACUUUCUUUUACUGAGCAAAAUUAUGAUGAAUUAUCGAUGGAUAUAUAUAUCUAUUCAACGAGUAUUAUUUCUGAAUUAAAACAACGAUUUCCUAAUAGAUUAUUAUUUUCCUCUAUGAAAAUAUUAAAUCCGCGAGAAUGGCCGAGAGACUCUGAAGAUUUACUAUGUUUUGGUGAUAAUGAAUUGGAAGAUUUAUUAAAAUAUUAUGA